GAAGCAUAAAUCAAAUAAAAAAAACCGAUCCAACAUCAAAACUAAAAAAAAAAUGAUAUCUUCAUCCACAAUUAGCUUAUCCAACUUUCCCCCAAAAUCGACACCGCCUACUGCUGGCCCUACACCUGUACCUGACCCCAAACAAACAAACCACCGCACAACCGAAUCCGACCGUCGCAAGCUCAACAAGGGUAGUUCUCAGUUACUCCGAUGGUCUCGAGCUCGCGCAAUCAGAUCAGGUGUGAAACUGGACCGUCCGGUUGUUCAACGACCACCGGUGCAGAACACGGAGGCUGUUGAUCCACCAGUGGCUGGUGAAUCUUUGUAUUAUUCUUCUGAGGAGGAAGACGGGUGUGUAGCGGAGAUGGAGGACGCAUCCGGAGCUAAACAUAUUUACAUGGUGUCUGAUGGCACCGGUUGGACCGCGGAGCAUUCGGUCAACGCUGCCUUGGGUCAAUUUGAGCAUUGCUUGGUGGACCGUGGUUGUCCGGUCAACACUCACUUGUUUUCAGGGAUUGAUGAUGUGGAACAGCUUAUGGAGAUAAUAAAGCAAGCAGCUCGAGAAAACGCAAUGUUGAUUUACACACUAGCUGAUGAAAACAUGGCUGCUUCAGCGCGGCACGCCUGCAAAAGAUGGAGCGUUCCAUCCACCGAUUUGCUAAGCCCUAUUACAGAGGCGAUUGCGUUACAUUUAGGGGUUUCGCCUUCCGGGCUACCUCGUGGUGCUCCGGGCAGGAAGUUUCCACUAACCGAAGAUUACUUCAAGAGAAUUGACGCGAUCGAUUUUACCAUAAAGCAGGAUGAUGGAGCUUUACCUCAGAACUUACACAAGGCGGAUAUCGUUCUUGCUGGUGUUUCGCGAACGGGAAAGACUCCGUUGUCUAUCUAUUUGGCGCAAAAAGGAUUCAAAGUGGCGAAUGUGCCUAUUGUUAUGGGAGUAGCAUUGCCGAAAACUCUGUUCAAGAUUGACCAGGAGAAGAUUUUCGCUUUGACUAUAAAUCCAGUUGUUUUGCAGACUAUAAGAAGAGCAAGAGCAAAAACGUUAGGUUUCACCGAACAAACGAGAACUAAUUAUGCAGAGAUGGAUCAUGUGAGGGAGGAGCUUGAUUUUGCUUGCAAGAUUUUUGCACAAAAUCCCACGUGGCCAGUAAUCGAAGUGACUGGAAAAGCGAUAGAAGAAACUGCAGUUACCGUAUUGAGACACUACCAAGACCGAAAAAACAGGUGCUCGAUGCCCCGAAUCUCAAAACGCUACUAGAAAUGUUUAUUCGUUAAACGAUUUUAGUUUUCUACUUAAAGGGGAUUAAUAGAGUAUUUGUAAUAUGUAUAUAUAAAAAUGUUAUAGAUAUUUACUAUGUUAUAAAUUAUGCAUACUUCAUGUUUACACAAUGCUUACUGGACCCUGUUUGGAUUAACAUGGGUUGUUGCU